GGGCAAUAAUCGUUAAUUGCUUACUCUCUUGGUGCCAAUUGAUUAUACAUGUGAUAGCAUUGUCCCGGUUAGCCCUUACUGAUUAUUUAAGGACCCUGUUGUCCCGGUUGAUUGGACAAAGGUUCUCGCGACAAGGCAGGAAACAGGCCACGGAAAAAGAAGAGAAGCUGUUGAAUAAGACGAUGCAUCUCACUUUCAUAUUUUCCUGCAUGGCGAUUGUAACGUUAAUCAACGUUGCCUCAAGCAAAGUCGUCAACGAUAUACUGCACGGAAAGUUAGGCAAGCAAUUUCUUCGCUCGUCGAUCAUUCAAGACGACGGUGAGGAAGAAGACCGAGAGGGAACAAAGGAGUUUGCUCGAGAAUGCGCCCUGCCUAAGCCCUCGCCCCCGCAGCCAGCACCGAAACACCCAUGCGCCAACAGCAACAAGACCCACACGGUGGUCACACCAGACGGGAAGAAAAUCCAGUGCAUUGUACCUGAUGAGAAGGAACUCGUCAAGAAGUUGGAGGGAAUAGGUGGAUACAAUCGGCAUUAUGUGGCGGUCACACUGGAAGAAGCAGAGGAAAACUUUGAUGACCUGCUCGAAAGCGAGAGUACUGAACACAAAAAAACAAAGAAAAUCAGCAAAAAUUUCUGGAGCGUGAUGGUCCGAGAAUUGCUCUCCGUGAAAAAAAAAGUCAGCUCCGUGCUGAGAGGCAAGCGGCAAGUUUCAGUCAACUGCCGUAUGAUGACCACAGCUAAAGGUACACACCUCUGCCCCGCCUGCCAACAUGUCACCAGGCUUGAUGAAAGCAUGUUUCCAAAAUACAUCAAUGAGCUGAGCUGUGCUAAAAGCAAUCCUGCCGCAUACGCGGACAGCAUCCGAUGCUUCUAUAACAUGGGCAAAUGCUACCAGGAAUCAAUGAGCGUCGACCUUCUUACACGCACUGGCAACUUCAUCCCCCUGGGAGACAAUAAGUACCAGGAAGAGUGGGUAAAGAAAACGCAGAAGAUCAAGACUUGCUGUGAAUGUGUGCGGAAGUCUUAGAUUUAACUGGAACUCAUAGUUAACGCUUUGCAAUGCAAUUAUACUAAAAAAAUGUCACUUUAAAAUUAGUGGAAAGUGAAAGCGAUUGGCGUAUUUCCACGCACCGAUUUGUCUAGCCAGAGCAUUUACAAGCUGCGACUUUUCGUGUCCAAGAUGCGGUCUAGAAGAAAGACCGACAACGACCUGAGUCGCGCCAUAAUUUCAGAAGGCACUGAAAACAAACACACAAAAUCGGCCUGACAAAUCGGUGAUUGUAAACAAGCCUUUGCACUACCCAGAAUGCUAGCCGCUCAUAUAAAAUUAUUAUAACAUAAAUAAAAACACAUAACUAUC